UUUUUCAUAUCUUAUAUUGUUCUGUUUUUUAUCAUACAGAAGAAAUUCUACCUGUUUAUAGAGACCAGCGAAUCAAUGGAGCACCCGAAAAUGGGUGAUGGGCUCUCUACGUUUUUGAAUUCUGGUAUCUACCAGUUCGAAAACUCGAACGCAGUUUUCAUCGACCCAGUUCGUGUUAUGAAUCGCUCCUACACCCACUUCCGGGUUUCCCCUUCUGCAUACUAUCCUCGUUUCUUCGAAUCCAAACCCUUGGCUCAAGAAUCUCGGGUAUCAUCUUCUAAUUCUAGAAAACGAAAGCGGAAGGAGAAGAAACCACACUCUCUCAAUGAUAGAGAAAAGGCUGCCGAACAACGACACCAGGAAGCAAGGCCUUUCUUACUGAAGGCACAUAAAUGCCUGCUGAGAGCUACUGCUCUUUUGGAGCUAAUGAGCAAUAUGCGGAGUGAUUCUGAGUCUUUGCAAGAAGGUGGGGACUUGGUAUCGCCCAGUGUUCCACAACAAUCUUUUGUUGAACUGGGACAGGACUGGCAUGCCCCUUUCCAUGAGAUUAUUCUUGAUUUCCGUCAGUAUGACAAGCUGAAUGUUGACAAAGGGUCAAUGAUAAUGCAAUAUAGUGAACAGAAACUGCACCCUCUCUUUAAUAACUUAGUUCUGAAUGAGACCGGUGAUGAUGUGGAGGCUGAAUUUCUGAGCAGUCGAUUUGUAAUACCUGGAAAGAGUUGCUUCUACAUGUCUGAUCUCGAGCAGAUUCACAGCCUGAUUCCUGUCUCUUAUGCAGCUGAGUCUUGUUGCGGCUUCAAUCUUAUAGUGGUCGAUCCACCAUGGGAAAAUGGAAGUGCCAGUCAGAAAUCAAGGUACCCAACCUUGCCGAACCGUUAUUUUCUGUCUCUUCCUAUCAAGCAACUUACGCAUGCAGAUGGAGCACUUGUGGCUUUGUGGGUGACCAAUAGGGAGAAACUGCGUGGUUUUGUUGAGAAAGAGCUAUUUCUUGCCUGGGGAGUUAUGCAUGUGGCCACUUUUUAUUGGUUGAAGGUGAAAGCAGAUGGCUCGUUGAUUAAUGAUUUAGACCUAUUUCAUCAUAGGCCAUAUGAAUGUCUUCUAUUGGGCCACUGUCAUAGGGAGGCCAUGGAUUCUGAGUGCCUAUCAAAAUUUAAACCUGUACAACAUAAUCAGAUAAUUAUUAGCAUCCCCGGAGCUUACUCAAGGAAGCCUCCGAUUGGAGGGCUGCUUCCAGAGUAUUUUCCAGGGUUCAAGCCUACUCGAUGUAUAGAACUAUUUGCUAGAGAAAUGACUUCUGGAUGGACUUCUUGGGGGAAUGAACCACUUCACUUUCAAGACUUUAAAUAUUUUACUAGGAAUGGAUGAUCGGCACAUCUGGACAGAGGCUUCUUUGGUGGAAACAACUUAUGGGAGCCGCAAACUGGCAUAGUUCUUUUAGAAUGGUUGAUAAAAAUAGGAUCCAUAAAUUUUUAGCUUUUUUUGUGAUGUUUAAAUACAUUUAUUAUUUGUUAUUAUUUGGUUUAUGGGGAGCCUCAAAUUUAGGUCAGGCAUAAGAGAAAGUCGAGAGCAUGGUGGCUGCUUUGAUGCUUAGCCACCUUUGCAACGUAAAUGGGUAGUGCUAUCAUGCCACCCAAAUUUGUCCACUUGACCACUUGACGUGCCUUUAGUACAAAUUACUUUUUU